CCUUCACCCCCUUCCAGUCCGGACACUUUCCCCCCCUUCCAGUCCGGACACUUUCCCCCCCUUCCAGUCCGGACACUUUCCCCCCCCUUCCAGUCCGGACACUUUCCCCCCCAUCCAGUCCGGACACUUUCACCCCCUUCCAGUCCGGACACUUUCCCCCCCUUCCAGUCCGGACACUUUCACCCCCUUCCAGUCCGGACACCUUCACCCCCUUCCAGUCCGGACACCUUCACCCCCUUCCAGUCCGGACACCUUCACCCCCUUCCAUCCGGACACUUUCACCCCCUUCCAGUCCGGACACUUUCCCCCCCUUCCAGUCUGGACACUUUCCCCCCCUUCCAGUCCGGACACUUUCCCCCCCUU